ACACAGGGCUGCACCACAGCGGAAGUGCUGGGAACCAGGAACAGCAGGAGCCACGGCGCUGUCAUGUUCUGGUGGAGAGACGCCUGCUAACUAACUCCGUUAACCCACCCUGACACACACAUCCAGGGGACCAUGGGAGGGUCUUCAAGCGUCGAGAUACCGGGUGGAGGGACUGAAGGCUACCACGUCCUCAGAGUGCAAGAGAAUUCCCCCGGUCAUUGUGCAGGACUGGAGCCUUUCUUUGAUUUCAUCAUUUCCAUUAGUGACACAAGACUGAACAAGGACAAUGACACCUUAAAAGAGCUGCUGAAGAUGAACGUGGAGAGGCCCGUCAAGAUAACGUUAUACAGUAGCAAGACGCUGGCAGUGAGGGAGACGACCGUCACACCAAGCAACAUGUGGGGCGGACAGGGGCUGCUGGGAGUCAGCAUUCGCUUCUGCAGCUUUGAAGGAGCCAAUGAGAAUGUUUGGCAUGUUUUGGAAGUGGAGCCAAACUCUCCUGCAGCCGUUGCUGGUUUGAGGGCACAUACUGACUACAUUAUAGGAGCUGACACCGUCAUGUGCGAGGGUGAAGAUCUGUUCUCUGUAGUGGAAACACAUGAAGGGAAGGAGCUGAAGCUUUAUGUUUACAACACAGAUACGGACAACUGCCGCGAGGUGGUCAUCACUCCAAACUGUGAUUGGGGUGGAGAGGGCAGUCUAGGGUGUGGGAUUGGCUAUGGCUACCUGCACAGGAUACCUACACUGCCAUUUGAAGAGGGCAAGAAAACCAGUUUCUCUGCACAGACUCCCAGUGAGCCAGUAACUCCUCCGAAAGAUGGCUUCACAGAGGUCCAUCUCUCUGCUGUCAUUCCAACCGUUCCAGUUGCUGCGUCUUCUUCUGCUACGACUGGAUUAGAGCAGUCACUCGCUGGCUUGUCAGUGAGCUCUAAUCUGACCGCUGUUGUUAGCGAUCUACCGACAGGAGCUCCUACUGUCCCUCUGCCCAGCCAUGUCCCCUCCUCACAAAGCGCUCCCCUGUCUGUCAGUCCUGCCGCCACACUACCAGGUUUAAUGCCCUUACCUGGAGGUCUUCCACCCUUUCCUCAUUUACCAAAUCUAAAUAUCACCUUGCCACCUGGAGCUGGUGGAUUACAACAUACAGGUCUUCCACCCCUCACCCUGCCAAGUGUGGUCCCUGGUGUAACUCUGCCUCCACCAGACUUUGUUCUUCCCCCAGUCGCUGCAAACGCACUUCCUGCUGUUACAAUGAAUACCACAUACCCCCCCUCUGCUAUCCAAAUGAACAGUUCACUGACCAGAACCCCCGUCGCACCAUCAGUGGCCACCCCUGAAUCAAUAAAUAUCACAAUAACUGCUGACUCAUCUUAGCAGAGAGUGCUGUUGAAAGUUGUUGGCUUACACAAUAUAGCCAGUCUAUUAGCUGCAUCACUCAGUUGACAAAUUGCUCCUACAUGCCGUUACGAUUGUCGUACGAGCUCCGGUAUCUGGAGGAUACUGGGAGCUGGUGCUGGUCUGCUCACAUGAAGCGUGAAUGUGUGUCUGGCAGCAGCUGGCUUGUUGAUGGCAGUAAAAAGAAAAUUACAAGAGUAAUUCAAGCCUCUCAGCAGAGUUCAAAUAUUCACUCUGCUGCAGAGCAACUUUUAAAAUAGCUCAUAACUCAAUAGUAAUAGGUAUUAACACAAACUAUGUGGGCUUUUUUAAGCUUGGCUGAAAAACAAGGUGUAAAAUAUGUGGGAACAGGUUACAUUUAAGUGCGUGGGUCAGUAUGUUGGGGUUUUUUUUUUUUAGGACUACGGAGCCUUUGAAGGGUCAUAAUUACCCCUUUUCCACCACAUGGAACCAGUUCUGUUCUGGUUCCCAUUUAAUUUUGAACCGUUCAGAGCAUUUCCAUCAAAAAGUUGGUUCUCAGGUCAGGCCAAAAAAUAGGUUUUCCUUAAAUUGAAGUGCCAAUCGUCACCACAUCAGUGGGCGUGUCAUUUUCUACAGGUUGGAAAGGGAGGAUGGGGGCGGCAAUGAUGGAGAGGUCACGUGAGAAAUCAAAGAGCGUGCAGUGCAAGUUUGCAGGUAAUGAAUGUAAUCAGCCAUUUUGCUGCGAUUGUUUACUUCCGUAGUGCAUUAUGCGACCUCUUCUGUUGAUGACAUCCUUCAUUGCAAUGGUCCUGCUCAAAACUGGUGGCAAUGCAGGCUGCCUCACAAGAUAUACCAUGAAUUGAACCAGUUAAGGACCCAGAACUAAUUUGGUGGAAAAGGGGUUAUUGUUUUUUUUCCCUCAACUACUUUUGUGCUCCCUUGCAAUGUUUUUGCAGUCUCCCUGAUCCACAGGAACAUUUUGUGUGUUGGUCCAGUCAGUUCUAAAGCACAGUUCAGGGAAAUAUUGUGCAGAUACUACAGAAUGGAGACCUGAUUGCUCAUUACUCCUCUUAAAAAAGCCGAAGUCCAACAGUAUGCAGCCACUGCCUGUGAGCGCAGCUGCUCUGCCUGGCUGUGAAUAUGGUAAUUGCUUAGACUAAGGUUGCAGUUUUGGUUCUAACUAUGAUGCUGUGAAUAUGGCUACUGUAGCUGUACAGUGACUACUCUUUACUGCUUCUGUUAAUGCUUUCACAGCUAAUGCUAACCACACAGGAUAUAAUACAGAUGUAUUUAACACCACACUUAGCCAGCAUAACCAUGUCAAUUCACUGCAAACAUUCCACCCCUGCAUGCAGAUAUUGUUACACCAUUAUAUAGAUUAACUUGUCAUAAUCAUAAUGAGGUAAAGGUAUGGCUACAUCCAAAACCACAGCUACCGUCUGUCUCAAUCAGCCUUGGCAGCAGUCAGUGAGAAAGCUGUGUCGACUAGCUCUGCUCUAUCCAGCUGCAAUGAUAGACCAGGCGACAUACAGCUAAGGGUACACCCACACGAGGUGCUCCCAACUAGCAGCGGUCAUGUAA